AGCAUCUCUCUGUACAUAUAUAUAUAUAUAUUUAGAGGCAUCGUAAUCCCUGAAGGUAUUAAACGCAAGACAAAAAAAACAAAAAAAAAAUCUUAAGAAUCAGAUCUUCAGUCUUUUGUUGAAAACUAUUUUGGCUUUUAGAAACAAUUGUGCUUGUUUUGUCCCAGUGAGUGAGGAAGUGAUCGUUUUGAUUAAUUAAGAGAAAGAAAACCGCGUAUAUUCAUGCAAAUUCAAGAAACAAAGCCCAUUGAUGCGCCAGAGCACUGUCCCGGACCGUCGUCUGAAAGUGCAGGAGCAGCAUCAGCUUGUGCAGGAUGCCCAAAUCAAGCAAUUUGUGCCUCUGCUCCUCGAGGAGAGGAUCCAGACUUACCGUUGGUGACAGAACGAUUGAGUAAGAUUAAAAACAAAGUUCUCGUUCUUUCUGGAAAAGGCGGUGUAGGAAAAUCUACGUUUUCCUCUCAAUUGGCAUGGGCACUAUCUUUAGAAGAAGACAAACAAAUUGGCUUAAUGGAUGUCGAUAUUUGUGGACCAUCGAUUCCCCGGAUUAUGGGUGUUGAAAAAGAAGAAGCUCAUCAGUCCAGUGAGGGUUGGUCUCCAAUUUAUGUGUGUCCUAAUUUAGCGGUUAUGUCUAUCGGUUUCUUGUUGCCCAGUGAUGAUUCAUCAGUAAUUUGGAGAGGACCGAAAAAGAAUGGAUUAAUCAAACAGUUUAUUAAAGAUGUCAACUGGGAGAAUUUGGACUUUCUUAUUGUUGACACACCUCCAGGAACCAGCGACGAGCACUUGUCCUUGGUCCAAUUCUUUAAGAAUGCUGGAAUUGACGGCGCCAUUGUCGUUACGACCCCUCAAGAAGUGGCCUUACAAGAUGUUCGUAAAGAAAUCGAUUUCUGUAGAAAGGCUUCAAUUCCCGUUUUAGGUGUUGUCGAGAACAUGAGUGGAUUUGUAUGCCCUUCUUGUCGAAAUAAAACUAAUAUAUUUACUGUAAAUACCGGAGGGGGUGAAGCAUUGGCACAGGAAAUGAAUAUUCCGUUUUUAGGACGUGUGCCUCUGGAUCCUGCUAUUGCUCGUUCUUGUGACUUUGGUAAAAGUUUUGUUGAUGAAUGCCCCGAAUCUCCAGCGUCUGAAAUUAUAAUUGAUAUUAUAAACAAAGUGGAUCAAAACUUACAAGCACAGAAAGGAUCUUAUUAGAAAAGCCCCGUAAUCGCAACAGUUACGGAUACCGUGGAUGAUUAUGACAUUAGAAAAUAAGGGAAUAUGGAAUGAUAUACUUAAUUGGGAUAAUGGUUAAAAAAAUUUUGAUUAAAACGCUUUCUGCAUAUUGUACAAACCUAAAAUUGUUUUAUAGAGAUUUGAAUGACAAGUUUACGUCCCUAUAGCUUUUACUAAAAUAUAUAGAUAUGAAAUCCGUUUUUAUUUCUCUUCUAAAAACAAAUGUAUUACAUACGUAACA